UUGCUCUUGCUGACACUCUGCUUGAGUAGCUAUGUCAAAAUAAUCACAUUUUCACAGGACGGUUUCUUAAAUAACCUCCCGUUUUUAUCUCGAAGGAACUGUACAAGAUGCAGAACGUGAUAAACACGGUGAAAGGGACGGCUCUCGGUGUGGCUGAGUUUCUGACUCCAGUGCUGAAGGAAUCAAAAUUCAAAGAGACUGGAGUCAUUACACCAGAAGAGUUUGUUGCAGCAGGAGAUCACCUGGUUCAUCAUUGCCCCACGUGGAAAUGGGCCUCUGGGGAGGAAGUCAAGGUGAAGCCAUAUUUGCCGCAGGAUAAGCAGUUCCUCCUGACACGCAAUGUUCCCUGUUACAAGCGCUGUAAACAGAUGGAGUAUUCAGACGAGCUGGAGGCCAUCAUAGAGGAAGAUGACGGAGACGGGGGCUGGGUGGACACUUACCACAACUCAAGUGUGUUAGGAGUCACAGACGCCGUACGAGAAAUUUCACUGGACAAUAACAAGGACAAGAAUAUGAACGCCACAUCUGCAGCAUGUUGUGACGAUGAUGACGAUGAUGAUGAAGACGGAGAAGCAGCAGAUAUGGAAGAGUACGAGGAAAGCGGCCUGUUGGAAACAGAUGAGGCGACCUUGGACACCAGUAAAAUGGUUGAAACCAAAGCCAAAGCAGAGCCGGGGAGUGAGGACGCCAUCCUUCAGACUAGAACAUACGACCUGUACAUCACAUAUGAUAAAUACUACCAGACCCCUCGACUCUGGCUGUUUGGAUAUGAUGAAGAUCGGCAACCGCUGACUGUAGAGCAGAUGUACGAGGACAUCAGCCAGGACCACGUGAAGAAGACGGUCACCAUCGAGAACCACCCUCACCUUCCUCCGCCUGCCAUGUGCUCUGUCCACCCUUGCCGACAUGCUGAAGUGAUGAAAAAGAUCAUUGAGACUGUGGCAGAAGGCGGAGGAGAGCUUGGAGUGCAUAUGUAUCUUUUGAUUUUCCUCAAGUUUGUCCAGGCGGUCAUUCCCACAAUAGAAUACGACUACACAAGACACUUCACCAUGUAGCUUCAUGAAUCUGCCUCUGCUAAUGCGACAUCUGUACAUGGGAAAGAUCCGCUCUCCUGCCUCUGUGUUGAGAUUACAUCUGAGGUGCGUCCAGCACAGAUAGAAAUGUGUUCCAACUUUUGCUGGCCUCGCUAUAGCAUGAAAAGGACACCUUUCAUCAAAGUCAUAGCUGUCUUAUUUCUUAUGUUGUAUCAUUUUAUUUUACUCAUGAAAAACUAGAAAUGUGAAAACAACAAACUGGCUAGUAUUAUCGGCCAACUUCCAAGUCUUUGUUCUAAGUAAGGCUAACCAUCCUGAACACAAAUCUGUACUGGACACACAGAAACAGAUAUCCAUCUUUUCAUCUGACUCCAGGUACAGACGAGGCUUCAGACUGUACCUCCGAUGUUUCUCUACAGGUUUUAAUGUUGUGACCACAAUGUGGUGAGCUCUCACAAAGUUCCCGUUAAGGAGAUUGUGAUGCUGUUACUAAAACUCACCCCAUUCCACACUGCUCCGCUGCUUGAAACGUCUAUUUUCAGAUAAUAAGUCGCUCCCCGGACGCGCAAAUUGUCAGCUUCUUGAGUUAUUAAAGAUCCGACAGCUUACAGCAGAAAAGCAGGUGGCUGAUGAUGCUGGAGAACAGUAAGAUUGAACAAAAACAUUACGUUUGUGGGCCAUAAAACCUGCUAGUUUCCCAGCAGAACAUUUCAUUUUAACAGAACAAUCCACGCUAUUCACUUCACUAGCCAGUGGUUUUAAAGGUGUAGUUCAGAUUUCUUCAAAGUGGGGUUGUAUGAGGUACUUGUCCAUAGUUGAUGUAUUACAUACAGUACGUGGUGGACUGAUAGAGGCAAUGUUAGACCAGCGGCUCCUGUGUUCAGUGAUGUCAAAUCAGUGUUUUUCUCAAUGGAGUCUGGCUUUGAAGAAAGCCAUAAAAUGUCCUUAAUAACACUUUGAAAAUACUGUGUGAUGGAGAGGUAAAGCGAUGUAAAUACUCUCAACAUGCCAUACAUUUAAAGUAAUAUUAAUAGUUUUAGGUGGGACUGUUUUAAGGUGGCUAAUAUACAUUUUAUUGUGGACCCAAAUCACAGCAGUACAUUACUUAGUUUUCAUGUAAGCACUCCGACCUUGUUUCUUCAAACUGGGAGCUUACUCAUGGCCAUUUACAGUGUGUAAAACACUGUCUGUGUUUAAGUACCUCAUACAACCCCACUUCCAAAAAAUCUGAACUAUCCCCUUAAUUUUUCAGCUCAUUGGUGUAGACCUACAACUAGCUUCCAAUUAAUAUCAGAAAGUAUUUAAUAUCUGGAUUUAGACCUGGACAGCUAUUUAAUGUCUCUGUACCUGACAGCAGCAUUGAUAGAAACCUCUUGACUAUAAACACUAUAGCUUCCACUCUGCCGAAGACAUGACUCAGUCCCAUUAUGCCAGUUUGUCUUAAUACUUCAUUUCUGAAUGUGUUAAUGGCCAGGCCUUUUCAUUAUCCCAUGAUUCUCCCUGUUGAUCCGUCUGUUUAUCUUUUCCUUCAACUUUGGACAACUUUCCCUCCUCUGCAGCUUGUGUCAAAAACCUUGAAGCUUUUUUAUUUCAGUCUGUGUUGCUUCUACAAACGUGAUGUGUCACUAUCUAUUGUGUCUAAGAGCUGUGUGAAAGUUGGCUCUAUCUAUUGUGCAGCAUUUUUCACAAAGCAAAAUUCACAAGCCUCUCUGUGUAUUGAAAAGAAAAAUCUGAUGAAUUUCUGCUCUCUUUUAUUUUUUGCUGAUUUUGUGAAUUAUGAACUAUACUGGUCUCAUUGCAGUAACAUGUGUCUGACAGUACUUACAGGAAUAAAUAAAAUACCGGCUUCAGUAA